AUGUUCUCCAACCUAGAAGACGCGUCCAAGACGCGUAAAACCAUCCGCGCCUCACGACCAUCAGGCCGCGUUAGGGAACCGCACUCGCGGGUGCCUGCGGCCCAGACCACGACGGCGAGGAAAAACGUGAAAUUGGAGGCUCAGACGGUCCUCAGAACUUCCGCUACCUCCGUUGUCCGUACGACCUACACGGCGACUCCAAUCGCUACUACGCAGGCGAGCACUGCCAAGGCGAAGACACCGGACGUGACCGCCACCUCCACUCCUAACGCAUCGGCCACUGCUGUGAAGGACAACUCGGAAGGGAUCGUUCAGAAUGUACCUGUGCCUGUACCUGAUACUGGUCUGCCUCCCGUGUCCGACGUGAUGUCUCAAGUGACCGCUCUGCUGACUUCGGCGUCCUCUUCGACAACCCAACCAUCAAGUGCAUAUAGCUCGACGUCCUCGACCAUGGCUGUUCCGACUUCUUUACUGUCUGCUCUCGGCGCUGGUUUCACGCUUCAAAGUGUCUCUCCGUCCGCGACGUUCGGCCUGCAUGAAUCUACGUCUUUCGCCUCGAGCCUCUCUGCCUCUGCGAGUCAGGCUACAAGCCAGCGGGCGAAUCCUUCUUCUGCAUCUCACGGUAUCGGAACGGUGAUCAUCGUGUUAGUGGCCGUGGGCGCGUGCAUGUGUAUCGCUGGCAUCUGUAUCAUACGCAAGGUGUGCACACGGCCUGUUCGAGGCAAGAAGAUGAGGGGCUUCCCGAAACCGUCGAAGCCGACUCUGCACCAGGACCUCUCGACCGGGCUCGCUGGCGAUGUGGAAGAGUCUCCUCUGUUCGGCGGCAAGGAACACUUCAACUCUACCAGUGGCAGCCAAGACGGCUUUCUCCAACCCUGGACGCAAUACUCUGCCCCUGGUGGGGAGAAGGCCCAUCCCAACUGGACGAGCUCCCCCUUGGCAACACCACCGAGGGUGGAUUUCGUGACUGCGCCGGUGUUUGAUGGAGCGACUCCAAGUAUGGUGCAAGCUCCCACUGCCGCGUCGAAGGCGUAUCAAAUGCAAGGCAUACUCAAGAGCACCGCAUCACGUCUCUCGACUAUGUCGUCGAGAUCUCUGACCGCGGGUGGUGCCGCUGAUGUUCAGGUUGGCCUGGCGGUCACGAAUUCUCCUCUCACCGGCGAUGGCCAUGCUACUAUGGGGCGCGCAGCAGCCGAUCGGCGCAGAUCGAGGUCGAAGAGCCAGGCCAGCUUGCAGAGGGCGUCCGUGUACGACGGAGUGGAUGUGGCCUCGCCCGAGCCGCCCGUAGCACCGAUGCCUCGCCGACCCCCUAUUGCCCGAUCGGCGACCUCUGGCGCCGGCAGCCGCGAGCGGGUCAAGAGCCCGGAGGCGCACAAGGCCUCGAUAUCGUCGCCCUCGCUGUAUCGGAUGAGUCGAGCGUCGAACCCGUUCGAGGACGGGUACGAUCUGCCCGCGAAGCCGCAAACGGCGAGGAAGGGGACGCGGGCGCAGCAGGACGUCAAGGCUCUCUCGGCGCUGACCUCGGCGCUGGGCUUGGACGGGCCGACUUCUCCGGGGCUCGGGCCCGACGACUCGCUGAGCAUGGUGGGCGGGUACGAUCGUGCGCCGGCCGGGAGUAAGAGGAGGUUGCAGGAGGCGCUCGCUGCGGUGGAGGCCGACCUGGCGAGCCCGAGCGAGUCGUUAGGGGGGCUCAUGCUCCUGGAUUUCGAUAAGCCGUCGCAGUCGUCGUCGCGGUCUGUGGAGGCGCUGGUGAAGGAGAGGAAGCGGAUGUCGAAGGCGACGAGCGUAUAUUCUGUGAGCACGGCUGCGGAUGGGCCUCCGCGGGUGCCGUCUCCGCCGCCGUUGCCGUCGCUGGCGCAGAUGGGGUUGGAGCACUCGGAUCCGGGGUACGACGACUAUCGGAGCCCCACGUACAGCCUGUACGCGAUGUACGGAGAACGCAAGAGCUGAUUCGCAGGCGACGUCAUGAUGGAGGUUCGAAGAGGGUGAUGGUGAUCAGCGCC